AUGAGCGACGCGUUUCCGAAUCCGUUUGACCCGCCCGCAGCGCCCGCCCCGGCGCCUGUACAAGCGCAUUCAGACACGCACGCUGCUGCAGAGGAUGCAGAGCUAUCUCGCGCAUUGCACGAAUCGCUCGCACUACAGGAGGAGGAGCAACGAGCCGCGGAGAGCGAGGAGCAAGCGCUGCUCGAAACCGUGCUUGCUGCCUCGCGCAAAGAAGCCGAGCAGCAGCGUGUAUACGAGCAGUCCUCCCUUGAGCAAGAACGCGAUAUACUGGAACGCUCGAUCCAGGAAGCGUAUCGAGAGGAUCGCAAGCGCGAGGCGGAGCGACAACGGCAUGCGCUCAUGGAGUACGAAGUAAUCGAGCGCAGCCGUAUGGAGCACGACGAGCGGAUGCGUUUCCGCAGUCCAGCCUCUAUUUCAGGUAGCGAUGCGAGUGCAAACACACACGCAAUGGAAUCGCUCCUGUGGCUCGAUCCACAAGCGCGCGAGAGAAGCGUGAGCGCUGGGGAGACGUCGGUGGCACCGACCUUGUCAAGCACGACACCUUCGGAUUUGCAUGGUAUGCAGUCCUACACGAUCCAGCGCGCGCCUCUGACGCGGUACGAGGCUACUAUGGGCUCAGCAUCGUACGACGACGAGGCGAGUGGAUCGUCGGCGACAGUCUCAGAGGAGGCAGAUGGGCCAGACCAGCUAAGCGAGCUAGGCGGUAUGCCAGGAGGCGUAGCCGAACUUCCAGCGCGUGGUCCUACUGGCGAUCUCCCCAGUGAGCACAGCCAAGGUGCGAGCCCCACGGUAAACCCAUGGGACGAGCUUACACCUGGGCCUACACUUGAUCCCAUACGCCAUCGUCCCAGUACAAGCGCAAGCACACGCAGCAUUCCCUAUCCUUCCGCAUAUGCAAACGGCAGUCCUGCUCUGUGCGGUGUCCAAUUUGGCGUCGCGCCGCACAUCGACUCGCUUGCGCUCUGGCUGCCGGAUGUGGACAUGCCACUAUUUGCGACGCCCGACCUCGGCGCCACGCCAAGCAUCCCGGUGCCUGACGAAGACGUGCAUCUCUACUUUCCCGACCAGAUUGUGCUACAGCCAUCGAGUGCGCCGCAGCCAUGGUUCGUCAUGCGCGCCUAUUCGUGGAAAGUACUCCUGCAAGCCAUGGCAUGGUACGGCCAUACGGCACUGCUUUCCGAGCACCCCGGUCGACUUCACCUGGAGCUUGCAUUUAGCAUUCCUACUUCGACCUACCGCGACCAGGACCAAGGGCCCGCGCCGUCGUACGUAGCACUCGGGAUGACACUCUCGGGACCGCACACCAGCCUCAUCAGCACACCCGUCCUCGAGCGCCAUGCGACAUCGCGCAAUGCGGUCCUCAGCACCGUGUCGCUUGGCGCACACAGCCUCGCGCUCCCCACGGACCUUGUUACCCUCGCACAAACACUGUUUUCCGCGCCGCAGCUGAGCAGUGCGCCGGCGCUGCGCGAGCUGCGCCAAGUCAUUGCGCGGCAGGACGAACGACUCGAUGCGCGGCGUGCGGAACUUGCACACCAUGCUCGCGCCUCCUCACGCGACACGCCAGACAGUGCAGAGCGGCUCGAUACCAUGGAAUGGAGUUUCCUAAACAACCAAAUGUCGGCCUUGCUUCAUCCCGGCGCGCCGCCGCCGAAUGCGCCGGACGAAACACAUGCACGGUCGCGAGACCAUCUGCGCCAGCGUAUGAAAAAGACGCUUGGGAGGUGGAAUGCGACCAACGUGGCUCCGGAGGCGGACCUCGCCUCCUGGAUCACGCCCUAUGAUCUCCCCAAGCGCCCCAGUGUACCAUAG